UCCAUAAAAACACAGCCCUAGAGCACCAUGGGAGGCGUGGCGGUGGACGUGGAUGCAGGGGCGGUGAAGGCUCCAGACGGCGGGUGGGGCUGGGCGGUGCUGGCCGGCUGUUUUGUCAUCACAGGCUUCUCGUACGCUUUCCCUAAAGCGGUCAGCGUCUUUUUCAAAGAGCUGAUCAGGGAGUUUGGGGUGGGAUACAGUGACACUGCCUGGAUCUCCUCCAUACUGCUGGCCAUGCUGUAUGGCACAGGUCCUCUGUGCAGUGUGCUGGUAAACCGCUUCGGCUGUCGUCCUGUGAUGAUGGUGGGCGGCCUCUUUGCCUCUCUGGGAAUGAUCCUGGCCUCCUUCUCCACCAGCAUCAUCCACAUCUACCUCACUGCUGGAGUCAUAACAGGUUUGGGGUUAGCCCUGAACUUCCAACCAUCUCUAAUAAUGCUCAACCGCUACUUUAGUGAGAAGCGACCUCUGGCCAAUGGGCUCUCAGCAGCAGGAAGCCCUGUGGCCCUGUGCUGCCUCUCGCCGCUGGGCCAGGUCCUCCAGUACCAGUACGGAUGGAGGGGGGGCUUCCUUAUCUUGGGUGGCCUUCUGCUCAACUGUUGUGUGUGCGGGGCCCUAAUGAAGCCUCUGGUCGCCCCCAAGAAGCCUAUGGCUAAGGACGUGGAACAGGACAACAAGGGAGAAACAGAGGGGGCAGAGAAGAAUAAGAAGCCCAAAGCCAAACUGCUGGACUUCUCUGUGUUCAAUGACUGUGGGUUUCUCAUCUACACGGUGGCGGCGUCCAUCAUGGUGCUGGGGCUGUUUGUGCCUCCAGUGUUUGUUGUGAGCUACGCUAAGGAGCUUGGGAAUGAGGACACCAAAUCGGCUCUGCUGCUCACUAUCCUGGGCUUCAUUGACAUUUUUGCACGGCCCACGUGUGGUGUGAUUGCCGGACUGAAAUGGGUGCGGCCUCGCUGCGUCUACCUCUUCAGCUUUGCGAUGCUCUUCAAUGGAACCACUGACCUCAUCGGAUCACAGGCGAAGGACUAUUCAACGCUGGUGGUCUUCUGCAUCUUCUUUGGUAUCUCCUACGGCAUGGUGGGUGCGCUGCAGUUUGAGGUUCUCAUGACAAUAGUUGGUACUGAGAAGUUCUCCAGUGCCAUUGGCCUGGUCCUGCUCAUGGAGGCUAUUGCUGUGCUGGUUGGGCCACCUGGUGCAGGCCGGCUUCUUGAUGCCACCAAGAACUACAUGUACGUCUUCCUGCUGGCAGGAAGCGAGGUGGUCCUCGCGGCUGUGGUUCUGGCUUCUUGUAACUUCCUGUGUAUCAGAAAGAAGUCCUCAACGCCGGAGGACAAGCUUGAGAACAUCACAGUGACAGACGACGUCAAGGCGGAGGCAUGCAGCGAACCUGCAGAGAUGAAUGAGGAGGAGGAGGAGAAGGGAGCAAGAGAGGAGCAAGAGAAGGAGACAAAGAAAGAGGUCUUGAAGGAGGAGGGGGAGACAGACAAAGAGGUUAGGCCAGAGAGUGUAACAGUGGACUCGCAGGAAGUGGAACGGUUCUUGAAAGAGCCACAACAAAAUGGUGACAUGGCCAUCAGUCCUGAAACAUGCCUGUGAGCAGGGAUGGAGGAUGCUGGACUACUCGCAGGCUAUGCUCCUUCCUUUUUUUAAAUAAUCCAACGGCAGGACAAAGUGUACUUUGAAGUGUUCUAACGAGCACACUAUUGGAUAGUUGUGCUUUCCUCAUCAUUCAGUGUUUAAUCCAGGUGUUCAUCUCGUUGUGGGGAGGCUUAUUGGUUUCACUGCCAUAUGAAAUCGAAAGAGUUGUCAGCAAUAUGUUAUCUCUAGAUGUUUUAAAAUGUGGUGGUUAAUAAUAUUCAAUAGAAAACUCAGCACUGCCUUGUGUGUACAGUUUCUAUCAAAGUUUUAUUUUGAAGUAUAGUCACCAGCAAAUAAAGGUAAGGGAUCAUUUUCACAAUAUUCUAUAUUCUCAAUGUCAACAAAUCCCAUGAAAAUACUAAAAUAACCAGAUGUCCUGAUUUGCUUGGGAUUUUCCCAGUUUCAAGCUGUCCCAAGUCCUGAUAAAUAUCUGUAAAACACUGACAUUUCCCGGUUUUACAUCUGGUACACAAUUACACAAUAAUAAUAAUAAUAAUAAUAAUUUUAUUAUACAUGUUUUCAGUCUCACAUAGACGUUUAUCACCCACUUAUUAUUACCUAACCCAGUAUAAAAACAUAAUGCACCACGCGCCAGAGUUCAGCACUGAUUUGCCAGUAUGUCAAUCAAUCAGUGUGACAUUGUUAAUAUGUUGCUAGCCUCUGAGUCAGAGUCAAACAUCAUAGGCUCAGUCAGUAAGCUAAUGGUUAGCUAAAGAGCUCCAGGAGGCUUACUCCUUUGUAAAGUGUCCUCCAAUGAAAAUGCUGUGUUCAUGGCGUCCAUGAUGUUGAAAGGUGCGCUUGGUAGGUGUCCCCCAGACUUAACACCUGUGGUGUGUGCAUGAACAUGCGGUACACUUGAGGGUCCUGGUUUGGGAAUUUUAAAAUAUUACCCUAACUAUAACUACAGCUGGGAACUAGCUUUUAGCUAUAUCUGAUGCAAUAAAUAUAUUCUUCAUUGUCCCUGUUAAAUAAACAGCUAAAUAAAAUAAAAAAUAUUUUUAACAGGUGUUGCCUAUGUAGCCAAACCCUGUUAGUUUAUCUUAUUCCUCUGUGCCGCAUAGCUCUGUCCUGCUGCAGGAAAUACUCACUAUAGCACCAAAUAUUUAUUCAUCCACAUCUGAAAAUAGUUCUCAACAAAUGCACUAUUUACUCCUGUUUUAGUAACAUUUACAAUGUUUUAGGAAAUUACAUAAAACUUGAAACAAUAUAUCUCUGGGGCAUUUUUAAAGAUUUACCUCUGCAGUAGGAACCAAUGUGCUUCGGACUGAAUUUGGGGGAAUGGACCAACACAUUGUUAGUGUUUUCAUUCGAUUUGUUGGCAAUAAAAAAUAUAGAAUCAUGCCAGCCUUAUCCUUUAAAAACAAAAGGCCGCUUUUUUCUU